AAAUGGAGACGCAAGCUAUUGGUAACCGACCAAAAAAGGCAUUCGAUGCAAAUCCCGAAAAGAAUAGAUAUCGAGAGGUGUACUGUAUCGAUGCGACAAGAGUUAUACUAACAUGGCCUGCCGGUGCAGGUUUUGGUGAUUAUAUUCAUGCUAAUUGGGUUGAUGGAGUAGACAGAAAGAAGAAAUUUAUAUGUACACAGGCUCCGAAUGACAAGACAGUAGGUGAUUUCUGGAGAAUGAUUUGGCAAGAAAAGUGCAGAAGUAUAGUAAUGCUUUGUAAUAUUAUGGAAUGUGGUAAACCAAAGUGCGAACAAUACUGGCCAGUCACGCGAGAUAAACCGAUGAAACUCUUAUGUGGGCUCACAGUAAAAUUUGUCUCAAUAGAUGCCAUAGAAACGGGUGUGCAAAUGACAAAAAUCCUUUUAAUUAAUUCAAAAGGAGCACAGCACAUGGUUGAACAUUUCCAUUGGACCGACUGGCCUGACCGAGGAGUUCCCAAUUCAUCUACACUGGCAGUUUUCCGAGUUCUUCGUAGAGUG